AUGCGACAAUUCCAAUGCGGCUCAACCGUCGAUUUCGAGGACCGCACAUUAAAGCAGGACCUCGCAGCCGUCCUCCCCUUCUCAUGGCGCGCGGGCACCGCCCCGAGAAUCAUCUUCGACGACCCCGCUGGACUCGACGAAAAGUUCCUCUUCAAUGUACCGUCAAAUUCGACCUCGAUAAUGAAGCUCCGCGUGACGAUCCUCAACGACGCGACGCUUCUCUGUUUCAGCUUCACACAUGCCCUCUGCGACGGGUCAAGUGCAUACCAUGUCAUCAGCUACUUCUGCGACCUAUUAUCAGAUAAACCGGUUCCGAAAUUCGUGCUCCCGCCGGACGCGACUGGGAAAAGGAUCUCCGAGCUUGUGCGGAAGGUCUCGACCGAACCGCUUCCCGCGCAGCCGGAACAGGAUAUCUUCGUUACCAAUCGAUUGACGGUCCUGAAAUUCCAGGCGAAAUAUCUGCUGCUGCGACUGAGCGAGGUCCUCGGUCUGUCGCCGCUGCUCACACACCGAACCGUCCAUCUCCCCGGAUCCUGGGUCGACGAUGUGCGAUCGCGGGCGCAAAAGGAGCUGGAGAGUAGCGGCGAGCACCUGGGGAUGCAGUUGACGCGCAACGACAUCAUCACCGCGCUAUACCUGAAGCUGGUCUAUGGCGCGAGGAAACCCAACGAUGACCCCGUCGACUAUAUCGGCCCGAUCAACUAUCGCGCGCUGCUUGAGCCCGCCGACCCGGACACGUACUAUCCGCACAACAGCGUCACCUUCCUCCUCUGCCAGUUCUCCGAACGCGAGCUGCAGACGGAGUCGAUCACAAAGGUCGCUGCGCGCCUGCGCAUGGCGACGAUUCGCUACCGCCACCCGGCGAGCAUCAAGCGCGAGAUCAGCCGGUUCGAGGAGAAACUCGUCGCGCCGGCGAUGCAGGAUAGUCGCGGGGGUGUCAAAUGGGGGGUUCCGAUGGUCAGUCCGUGGACGACGUUCGACUAUACGAGUCUUGAUUUCUCUGGUGCGAGUCGCCAGGCGAGGAAGCCACAGGUUGUCUUUGUGAAUCCGAGUGUGCCGUUGACAUUGGGGAGACUGCCUAGUCCGAUUGCGUUUAAUCUGAAGGAUGGCGCGGGCGGGUACUGGCUUCGGGGGGCGAAUACGCGGGCUGGAUGGGAGGCGUUUGAGAAGCUCAUCGAUAUGGACAGUUUGUUUUGUUCCUGA